GUUUUCACCACAACCCUUUGUAACAGAACUCUUGCAGACAACCCCUGGGGAUUUGACAAUAUGGUGUAGGUAUCCCAAUCUCUAACUCUAAAAUUAUUCACACACAGACAUCCAUCAUUCCAGAUUGAGGCCCCCAUGUAUAUUAGUUUUCAAAUGUACAGUGAUUAAUACAAACAUGAAUAUAUCACAUAUUGAUUGUUUAUGAGUAAGUAGAUAGUAUAACAUUUAAUUAUUCCUUUCAAAACCACAAAAUAAUCCAAUAUCAAAACUAUUGGCUACAGUUUGAGGUUUACAUCCUCUGGAGUUGUUUGUUAUUGUUCAACAGUGAGUGUGUGAGCCCUCGUGACACCAACGUCUGAGAUAUGCUGUAAGUGGUCUGAGAUAACCAGUCUGUGUGAAGUGGAUCUGAACCAAUCAUGAGGCCAGGACGAAUACACAACAUAUCAUUAGUACGAGGAGUGGGUCCAAGCUUUGUUCAUGUAAGCAUUCCCAUAGCUUAGCCACGUAUCGACCCCUCCCAGGGCAGCCCGCCUACCUAUAAAAGCCAGCGGUGAACAGUGAAGUGUUGGGGUUUGUGCAAACUUCCACCUGAGGGGACUAUUACCGUCAGCCUGGGUCAAGGACCACCGCCGGCACAAGCAGCCAGCAGCCACAGCAAGAAGCAACACCACCCCAAGAAGAAAAAUGCCUCCCUUCGAGAAAUCUAUGGAGCUGAUGUCUUUCAAGCAAAGAAAAUGCCUUGCAACAAGACAACAUGAAGUGUGCAGUAUUCGUACCAAAUUCCCAAACAAGUUACCUGUGAUCGUAGAGCGUUACCUCCGUGAGAAAACCCUUCCCCUAUUGGACAAGACCAAAUUCCUGGUUCCAUUCGAGCUGACCUUGGGUCAGUUCCUCUGUCUACUCAGGAGUAAGAUUGACUUGGAGUCCACCCAGGCUCUGUACCUGUUGGUGUCAGAGAGGAGCAUGUCCUGCAUGUCGUCCAGUAUGGGAGACGUCUACUCCCAGUACAGUGACCCGGAUGGCUUUCUUUACAUCACCUAUGCCUCACAGGACAUGUUCGGAGGGGACGUGGACGCUACCCCUCCCUGCUGAGCCCAAACAAUGGGCUCCUACUCAAUUUUCUGAAAGAUCUGUCUUCUCCUCGCUUCCUCUCUUUCACUGCACUGAUCUGGCAGAACUGGCCAGGUGAAAGCCAGUCCAAGUAAUGAUGAGCUUCCACCAUAUUGUUUUCUCCUGUCAAGUCUUUGACGAUGAAGUGACAGUGAACGGGAGGAAACAGGGAUUUUCAAGCACUUGAGAUUGAGCUAUUCUCCCGCCCUUCUACCUCACAAAUGGACUGCGAAUCACAGUACUGCACCUUCGUCCUUCUCUUGGUUAGUUUCUGACCCCUUCCAGCUCUACCAGAGCUGGACUGAGAUGAUUGAAUACAUCGAUUAAUGAAAGAGUCCAAUGAGAUUUAAGAGAUAGAAAGAAACCUCUAAUAACUCUUUAAUAAUUUUGUUAAAUAUCUGUCAAGAUCAUUGUCGUAACACCAGAGAGAAAUAGGUUGGCGAAGGAAGCCCUACAUUGUGGGUACUCACCCUGACAAGUGAAAUUCCCUCCAGUUGGGAUAUUGUAUCACUUCCAGGAACCACGAGGUCUGUUAGGUGCUCUGGGGUCUCCCCCAAGGGCCUAUAUCUCCUGUUACCUCCUCCACCCCUCAAAAUAAAUAUGUUGAAACGGAGGAAAAUAAGGUCAAUGGGAAGAUCUCAAUUGCAUACUCCUCAUGUUCUCUCUCCUCGUCUCCUUCUCAAUACCCAUUGGAGGAGAAGGCCGGAGGGGAGGGACCUCGAGCUUUCAAAUCUAAUGGGUUUUGAGAUGGAGAUGAGGAGAGAGGACGCGAGGAGUCUGCUGGUCUUACCUUUUAGCACUUUAAGCUCUCCUUUCGGUCUUCCUCAUGAAACAUCAUUUCCACAAAAUGUGAAUUUGUGACUUUCAGGCACAGUGUUAUUAAACUCAAUGUUACAAGUCAGACUAAGUGUUAUGCGUGUUAUUUGGACUGUUUACACUCAAUGAAUACUUAGAUAUGUUCAUGUUGUAUCUCUAACAACGCCGUGCUCUGUAAAAUCAAAUGUCAUCGAAAUUCCCAAAUAAACUCCCUGUCCUUUU